AUGGCACCAUACGAAGCGCUUUACGGAAGGAAGUGCCGAUCACCAAUCUAUUGGGAUGAAGUAGGAGACAAGAGGAUUCUGGAUCCAGCAAUCCUCCCUUGGAUGGAGGAUGCACAAGAAAAGGUCAAGUUGAUACGUCAAAAACUCCAAACAGCGCAGAGCCGACAAAAGAGUUACGCGGACAACCGACGGAAAGAUUUGGAAUAUGAAGUUGAAGAUCGCGUCUUUAUCAAGAUUACACCAUUAAGAAGUGUCACGACGGGUAGAGAAAAGAAACUUCAACCAAAAUUCAUCGGACCCUUCAAAAUUCUCCAAAGAGUUGGAAAAGUGGCGUACCGACUCGAGUUACCGUCAAGCUUGUCUAGGAUUCACGACGUCUUUCAUGUCUCGAUACUCAAAAAGUAUUACUCCGACCUAACUCACAUUCUGCAACCUGAGGAGAUUGAAAUAGAUGAAGCACUCACCUACGAGGAGAAGCCGGUACAACUACUUGACCGAAAAGCUAAGGAGCUGAGAAAUAAACAAAUUCCUCUGGUGAAGAUCUUAUGGAAAAAUCACGGGGUAGAAGAGGCAACUUGGGAGGAGGAAGAGAAGAUGCAAAAGAGAUACCCUAACCUAUUUAGUAACUCAGGUUGCCUUGAGUGA